UGUAGAUAGUGUUUAGUUUGUACUAAGUCAGUGAGAACUACAAGAGUGUUGUAAGAUGUCUGACUCCGUGACUGUUAGCGAUGGUGACAGUGGUGUGCAGGUUACUGAUAGCAACCGUGGUGGAAUACACGUAGAUGGUGGUGACUAUGGUGGAGUGACUACUGUCGACAACAGUGGUUAUGGGGGAGUAAGUGUUGCAGAUAAUAGUGGAUAUGGCGGAGUACAUGUAGUAGACGACAGUGGUGACGGUGGUGUAAGCGUAGUAGACGACAGUGGUGACGGUGGCGUUAACGUAGUAGACGACAGUGGUGACGGUGGUGUUAACGUGGUAGAUGGUAGUGGCCACUUCAGAACACACAGCGCACAAGUUACUUCUGAAGACGGUGAAGGCGAGCUCAAUAUUGUCCCUGAUUCGGGCUUCUAUAUGCCGCAUGAUUAACAACUUGACCAAGUGUUGCCAGAAAAGGAAAGGAUGUCAGGAGAAAGAAUGUCAUAAAGUAUUUAACAAUUUUUUUGUAAUAAAUAAAAAAUAAAAAAAAUUUCGACAUUGUU